CACUCCUUGCUCGCCCGGGCAGGCAGGACAGGCUGAAAAUAGAAACUGCUUCCAAAAAGAUAAAGGGGAUGACUCCAGCAGAGCACCCCACUCCUUUGAAGAGCUCAAAGGAAGAUGUCAGACCAAUUUCUUCCUAUAGCAACACCGCCUACCCAGAAGCCCCCUCGGAUCAUCCGCCCCCGCCCUCCCUCUCGACCACGGGCUGCCCAGUCCCCAGGGCCCCCCCACAACGGCUCCUCUCCACAAGAACCUCCCAUCACCUCCAAUGAUGCACCAACCCCAAUAUCCACCCCCAUCUUCUGGGAGCCCCCAGCCUCGUCCCUCAAGCCCCCUGCCCUUCUGCCCCCUUCAGCUUCUAAAGCCAGCCUCGACUCCCAGAAUUCCCCAGACUCACCUUCCAGCACACCCAGUCCAUUGUCCCGGCGCUCCAUCUCCCCAGAACCUGCUCCCAGGUCUCCAGUCCCUCCACCCAAACCCUCUGGGUCACCCCGCACACCUCUGCCCCUGCCUCACACAGCCCCUAGCGUCCUGGCCCAGGAUGGCUCUGCCUCGGCUUCAGGCACUGUGAGGAGAUUGGCUGGUAGGUUUGAGUGGGGGGCUGAAAGCAAGGUCCAGGCUGCAGAUACCAUGGAGCCAGCUCCCCAAGGGGGAGUGGAUGUGAACGGGGAGAGAGAGACCCAGAGAGAGACUCCCCAGGGCAUCUUCACUGGAAGGGAAUCCCAGGAGAAUGGUGGUCCGGAUGCUUCCCUGACCUGCCCUCCCUGCUGCCCCUGUGUCUGCCAUGUAGCCCGGCCUGGCCUGGAGCUUCGAUGGAUCCCUGUGGGGGGCUAUGAGGAUGGUCCCAGGGCCCCCUGCCGAGCCUCCCCACUGCGGACCUCUCGCUCCCGCUCCAACCCUCCUAGCGUCAGUCACCCCCCAGUGGUCCUCACUUCCUACCGCUCCACUGCUGAGCGAAAACUUCUGCCACCUCUCAAACCUCCGAAACCAACUCGGGUCAAGCAAGAUGCCACCAUCUCUGUGGAUCCCCCACAACAAGAUCUUGAUCUGCCCUCUGAAGAUGGAAUCCAAAUAGGAAACAGUCUGGAUGAAGCUCCUCAGAAUGCUCCUCCAACAGCCAUGGAGGGCAGGGAUGAAGAAGGACUGGAGGAGCUAAAAGAGCAGAACUGGGAGCUGCCCUUGCAGGAUGAGCCCCUAUACCAGACCUACCGAGCAGCUGUGCUGUCAGAGGAGCUGUGGGGAGUCAGUGAUGAUGGAGGUCCCUCUCCAACAAAUCAUGGAGAAACUACCACCUUCGCCCGGCCCCCUGGACCUCGCAACACUCUGUGGCAGGAGCUUCCAGCUGUGCGAGCCAGCGGCCUCCUGGACACCCUCGGUCCCCAGGAAAAGCGCAUGCAGGAGAGUCUGUUUGAGGUGGUGACAUCUGAGGCCUCCUACCUGCGCUCCCUGCGGCUGCUGACUGACACCUUUGUGCUGAGCCAGGCUCUCAGGGACACGCUCACCCCCCGGGAUCACCACACCCUCUUCUCCAAUGUUCAGAGAGUUCAAGAAGUCAGCGAGCGGUUUCUAGGGACAUUAUUGUCCCGUGUGCGCUCUUCCCCCCACAUCAGUGACCUGUGUGACGUGGUGCAUGCCCAUGCCGUGGGUCCUUUCUCAGUGUAUGUGGAUUAUGUGCGGAACCAGCAGUAUCAGGAGGAGACCUACAGCCGCCUUAUGGACACGAAUAUGCGCUUCUCCGCGGAGCUGCGCCGGCUGCAGAGCCUCCCCAAGUGCGAGAGGCUCCCGCUGCCGUCCUUUCUGCUGCUGCCCUUUCAGCGCAUCACGCGACUCCGCAUGCUGCUGCAGAAUAUCCUGCACCAGACAGAGGAGGGGUCCAGCCGCCAGGAGAAUGCCCAGAAGGCCCUGGGUGCUGUCAGCAAGAUCAUUGAGCGUUGCAGUGCCGAGGUGGGGCGCAUGAAGCAGACUGAGGAGCUGAUCCGGCUCACCCAGAGGCUGCGCUUCCACAAAGUCAAGGCCCUGCCUCUGGUUUCCUGGUCAAGGCGCCUGGAAUUGCAGGGAGAGCUGACGGAGUUAGUGUGCCGGAGGGGAGGCGUGCUCUUCACCUCGCGCCCCCGCUUCACACCCCUCUGCUUGUUGCUCUUUAGCGACCUGCUACUCAUCACUCAGCCUAAGAGUGGGCAGCGGCUACAGGUUCUGGACUAUGCCCAUCGCUCCUUGGUUCAGGCCCAACAGGUUCCAGACCCAUCUGGACCCCCUACGUUCCGCCUUUCCCUUCUCAGCAACCACCAGGGCCGCCCUACCCACCGGCUACUUCAAGCUUCGUCCCUAUCAGACAUGCAGCGCUGGCUGGGAGCCUUCCCCACCCCAGGCCCCCUUCCCUGCUCCCCAGAUACCAUCUAUGAGGAUUGUGACUGUUCCCAGGAUCUGUGUUCAGAGUCUUCUGCACCAGCCAAGACCGAGGGACGGAGUCUGGAGUCCAGGGCUCACCCAAAGCACCUGCACAAGAGCCCUGAAGGCUGGCUAAAGGGACUUCCUGGGGCCUUCCCUGCCCAGCUGGUGUGUGAAGUCACAGGGGAACACGAAAGGAGGAAGCACCUUCGCCAGCACCAGAGGCUCGUUGAGGCAGUUGGGCCCUCUUCAAGCAACCCCAGUGCCCCCCAACCCUAAUGCAGGCUGGGGAGGGGGUACAAGUUAAGACAGCUGGCGGUGUGGCAUGGAGAGGACAAAGCUCAUCCAUUCACUGGGUUAGCUGUCAGUGGAAGCACUACCUCUAGUGGCAUCCAAUAGGGACCAAGCUUCAGGACAAGGCAGCCAAUGCAAACACGACUGUCUGAGCCCAAGC